UAAAUAGGACUCUGGUUCAUGAGCUAAGGACUCAUCCUAGAGUUUGAUCCUGUAAGCUCAGUAAGUUCCAGAGAUAUCAUCCAAGACUAUAAACAUGUCUUGCUGCGGCGGAAACUGUGUAUGUGGCUCUGGAUACAUACGCGGCAACGGCUGUGGCGGACGCGGUGUGUAUCCCGACGUGGCUGAGAACAGCCCUAAGACCAUCAUCGGCGGCGUUGCCCCCGUAAAGAUGGACCAUGAAGUGUCCGAGAUGAGCUCUUUCGAAGCAGAGCAUGGCUGCAAGUGCGGAUCCAACUGCACGUGUGAUCCCUGCAACUGCAAAUGAAGUGUCUUUCUCAGGUAUCGGCUCACGGUUCGGUGACCGUUCCAUAAAAAGUAAAAAUCUAUAAUGAAGAAUAUGUAACCAGUAAAUAAAGCAGCCGUAGCAUCUACAAAUCCUUUUCCGGGGGCUUUAAGAUGCUCUAAGGCUGUGUAAUGGAGCUUGUAUUUCGUUUGCUUUGUUGUGGUGGGUACCAUUGUUCGGGAGGGAGAAGACUGUAUACAUGGCUGUGGAGUUCACUAUGAGUAUGUAUCUAUCUGGACCUAUGGUAAUUCUAUCUG